AUGCCUAUGGAUAUUAUACAUGAGAUUCUGUUGUACCUUCCGCCACAAGAGCUACUUAUGCUCGCGCGAGUGUCCAAGUCGUUCCAUAAUUACCUUUACAAGAAGAGCUCUGUCACAUAUUGGCAAAGGGUCUUGAAGCAAAUUGAAGGAGCCCCGCCUCGCCCGAAGGAGCUGAUCGAGCCUGCAUGGGUGGCCCUAAUUGCCUCUCCGCUCUGCACCUCGUGCGGGAAGAUGAAUGCGGCGCAAGUUUACUGGGCAUUCCUCAUGCGAAUUUGUGAAUCCUGCAAACCUAAACUUCUGAUAGAUCAGUUCACCCUUCUCGAUUCCGAGCGAAUCGGCGCUAUCCCAAGAACCAUUCUUAACUUGGGACGCGUUACUCGGUUUGGCCGAGCCUACUGCCUCCGGUCCGAAGCAAAGGAGGCCAUCCGCAACUGGCUCCAACUAUCGAAGUCCGAAGAUGAAGAAGCGUUGAACAAGUAUAUUGAUGAUGAGGCUGAGCGCAUUAAGGGCUUAUCAGAGUUCCAAUACUCGUGCAUUGCCUGGCUUGAGAGCGAGGAAGCCAAGCGCAAAGACUACCGGGUUCAAUUGGAGAAGGAACGAUUCGAAGCUAUCGCCGUAAGGCUGCAAGAACUCGGCUGGGAGCCGGAGCUCCAGAUGCUUGUGCAAAACAGGAACCCGAUCCUGUCUCGUCACGCACUCGUUCAGGGAGUUGAGCCUCUCACAGAUCAUGCUUGGCGGAGUAUGCGAGACGAACUGGUGAAGCUUAUGCAGGACCUCCGGGAAAAGCGUCUCGCCCGCGAACGGAAGCAGCGUAUGGAGGGACGCUGGUCGUCUUACAUGAGUGCUGCCCCUUACCUCCUCAAACAGCAGCUGGAGGCGCAACCAGAACUUCGGUCGUAUGGCUUCAACCUGGCGGAUCUCGCGCUCACGCCAGAGGUCCGCGAGCUCAUUCAUGCUGAUGCGGACGUGUACGUCGGCAGCCAGGGUUUCAUGGCGCUCCAACCGCAUAUGGACGCUAUUGUGGAGGGGUGGAAGUCGCGUGUGUGCGAGGAGCUGCGCAAGCAAAUGCGAGCAUCACCCAAGACGCGGUCGGGCAAGGCGCAGCCCCGGAAGGGCCCCGAACCCAACGUAGAGCUCGCGACGACGAUGUUCAGCUGUGGCGGUUGCACCCUACCUUGCCUAUUCUUCCCGAACGUCCUAGCACACUCGUGCCAGCGCCCCUCGAACGCUCCCGCCCAACAAGACGCAUACGGAGAGUUUGUGCACGCGAAGAAUGAUACCAAGUUGCGCACUACGUUGAAUCUGCCUGCAAUCGGGUACGCUCUCUCAAUCCAGCUGCGGAAGCUCGAGCUAUCGAAGCAGGCGUACCAAAUCGUGCAAUUUUGUGAUAAGGACCCGGAGACGACGACGGCGAAGGAGAUGGACGAGCUCGAUGUCAGGCUCGUGCAGGGCAAAGCUAUCAUGAAUUGGCGCGCAGCCAUCAUAGAACAGAUCCAACACAAGCACCAAAUGGCGACCUGGCGAAGGGCAGAUGCAGAUGAACUUGCCGGAGCAAAGAAAGCCGAGCGGAAGUUUGUGGAGACGCGAGGUGGCUGGACUUGCCACAAAUGCCCAACGCCAUCCAGUUUCGGAGGGUUCCAAUGGCUGUUUAUAGCGCGGCAUCUCGAGAAGGCGCAUGACAUCAAGGAGCCGAGCGUAGAGAAUGGGGACAUGAGUGUGGCAUUGAAUCCAGGGGACGUGUACGCGGCUGGUAUCUACAAGAUGACGCUACCUGGAUAUGAGAUGCUGCACUUGUCGAAGAAAGGUAGCUGGAGCACGCAGAGGGCGGAAACGUACAAUCAUAUCAUAUAG